AUGGAGGAUUUGGAUGCUUUGCUGGCAGAGCUGGAGCAGAGCUCCCGGCCGGCCUCCACGGACUACACGCUGCUGGCGCCGAGCUCCGCGGAGCAGGACACAGCCCUGGCUGGGCCCUCGGCCCCCUGCAGCCAAAAGCCACGCGCCUCGGCAGCCCCAAAGGUGCAGCUGCCACCCCGGGCUCAGCCUCCACGCAAGGAUUUGGAGACUGUGUACAGCAGCCCCGUGCUGACCCCACAACCGCUGCCCCCCUCGCCCACACCCACGGCGGCUGCCCGGCAGUUGGAUGAGCUCCUGGCCGACCUGGGCCACAUGCAGAGCAAGCUGGCAGCGACGGGGCAGGGGGCCGGGGUGCCAGCAGGACCCGAGCCCUCCCUGGACCACAUGCUGGGCGGCCUCACGCGGGACCUGCAGGAGCUGGGCAUCACGGCCGCCCCCACCGGCAUCUGCGCCUCGUGCUGCAAGCCCAUCGCGGGCAAGGUGCUCACGGCCCUGGGCAAAGCCUGGCACCCCGAGCACUUCACCUGCGCCCGCUGCGGGCAGGAGCUGGGCGGGCAGCCCUUCUUCGAGCGGGGCGGGCAGGCGUACUGCGAGGAGGACUACCACCAGGCUUUCUCCCCGCGCUGCGCCUACUGCGCCGGCCCCAUCCGCGAGAAAGUCCUCACGGCCCUGGACCAGACCUGGCACCCCGAGCACUUCUUCUGCACCCACUGCGGGAAGGUUUUUGGGGACGAUGGUUUCCACGAGCGGAAGGGGAAGCCCUACUGCCGCCAGGACUUCCUGGCCCUCUUCGCCCCCAAGUGCCAGGGCUGUGAGCGGCCCUUGACGGACAACUACCUGUCGGCCCUGCAGGGCGUCUGGCACCCCGAGUGCUUCGUCUGCGCGGAUUGCCUGAGCGGCUUUGCCAGCGGCUCCUUCUUCGAGCUGGAGGGCCGGCCCUACUGCGAGACUCACUUCCACCAGCGGCAGGGCAGCGUGUGCCACGGCUGCGGGCGCCCCGUGACGGGCCGCUGCGUGACGGCCGCCGGGCGCAAGUACCACCCCGAGCACUUCAUCUGCGCCUACUGCCUGGGCCAGCUGCACAAAGGCUCCUUCCGCGAGCGCGGCGACAAGAUGUACUGCCAGGCCUGCCACGACAAGCUCUUCCUCUGA